AUGGAUGAGGAAAUUAAUAAAAAAGAGACGAAAAUUUUCGGAACGGAUGACAUUAGAAAACAAUGUCAAAAUUGGACUUUAGCUGGAGAUGCUGGACUUUUAACACAUCUUGAAAAUUUUUCCGAGAAAAUUUACAAUAAAAUUCAAGAAACUCAAUCAUUGUUUAAUGAAUUGUUGGACAGCUACGAUGACAUUAAUAAUAAAAUAGGCAAUACUACAAAUCAAUUUCUAGCUCUUCAAAAUUGUCAAUUUGUCGAAAAUAGGGUGUACGAUGAAGAAACUCCGACUGAAGAAAAUAUCACAGAACAGAAAAUAGAUGAAAAUGAAAAAGAAAAAGUUUUGCUAUCGCAGUAUAAAGAAGCAGUUGAAAUUGGUAUUAAAUUGUUAGAUACUCAUUUCAAUGAAGUUGAGUUACCACUUAAUAGCGAUUCAGAAGAAGAUGAUGAUAUGCCAUCAAGACAAGUAUCGCUUAUCUGGAAGCCGAAAAAUCCAUAUUCUAAUAAAAAAUUCCCACUUCUCAUUGGUUCUUCAGAAUGGUGGGCAGAUGAUUCAGUGGGAUUAAAAACCGUAGAUGAUAGUUUAGAUGUAUCUAAGGAAAUUUCAGAAUCGGAAAGUGAAUCUGAAUCGGUACAGGAUGUGGAAAAAUCCGUUCACUUAUCUUUAUCUUCUUCCACUUCGAGUUUGGAUGUGAAAAAAAAACCUCAUCACGUCGAAUCAAAUCAUUCGAGGGAAUCAUCAGAAGAUAUAUUCGGUUUGGAUAAGAAUUAUAAUUAUUCCUCAAGUAAUUCAGAUCUUUUUGGCGUUAUAAAUAAUGCAUCUAAUGAAAAACUUGAUAAAAUUUCUCCCAUCAUUGACAGUUGUAUUGUUUCAAACGGUGAGACGAUUUCAAGCGAAAACACAUUACAAAAAAAGGAAGAUGUGGAAAAUGUAUCAGAUGAAGACAGUUUUAAAAACGCAUCCAAAAAAAUAAAUUCUGCAUUUGCUAAAGAAUUAGCAGCCAAAUUAGGAAGUUUUAAUAAAGAAGAAUCUCGAAAAGAAACAAGUCCCCCUCCUGCUACAACAACAAUCGAUAAUAAUAAUAAAAAACAGGAAAAUGAGAAUGUUAUAAGUAAGGAUGUUGAAGAAAAUAAAUUUAUCAAAAAUGGUGAUACAGAUGAUGAUGUGAAUGAUAGUAACAGUUUAUUUUUCAAAUCAGAAAACGAUGAUAAAUUAUUCAGUAAUUCAAAUCAAUUAUUUAAAGAAUCUGAAAAUGAUUUGUUUCAAAAUGAUUAUUUAAACAAAUUUAAAUCGAAAUCUUUGAAAAACAAUGAAAAAACAAAUGAUUUCAAAUCGAAUUCAAAUCGAGACACAUCAGAAGGAAAAACAGGGAAAGGUUUAUUCGAUGAUUUAGAUGACAACUUUGAUGAUGAUGAUGAUGAUGAUGACAAUGAUGAAGAUUCACUUUUCUUUUCGAAGCCUACUUUGAAAAAGAAAACUGAACUUUUCAUUGACAAUAAUUUACCACCACAAGAUGAUGUUGAAAAUACAAAAGAAACCAAAAAGAAAAUCAAAUUGUUUGAUGAUGAUGAUGAUGAUGAUUUGAAUGAAAAAGAUCCCGACGGUUUAGAUAUAUUUAAAAUAGGUUCUCAAAAGGAAAAUAUUUCCAAGAUGGCCACGAGUGAUAAUUCCGACAAAAUAUUUUCACCGGUUAAUAAAACAUUGGAAAAUAAUGUGAAAUCAAUUUCGAAAUUGUUAGACGAUGACGUCAUUAUUUCUUCGAGAGAAAAUGUCGGAGAACCGGAAGUAGUUGAAGACAAAAAUGAUUUGUUUUCCGAUUUGUCCUCACCGGAUGAUCCGGUUUACAUCGAAAAGAAAAAUUCUCCGAGUUAUGUUAAAUCGACAAAGAAUGCUCAAAGUGACAACAACGAAUCUUUAUUUCGAGAAAAAUUUAAGCAACCCGACGCAUUAUCGAUAUCGAGUAGUCGUUCGAGUUUAUUCGAUGACGUCAACAUGUCGAAAUCGCGAUUGUCUUCCGUUUUCGAUAAGGAUAAAACAAAUAAAUCCGAUGAUAAUUUAUUCAAUGACGAUUCACUAUUCGAAGAUGACGGUGAUCUCUUUACAAAAGUUUCCGACAAAUUUUCAAAGAGUAAAGAAAUGACGUCGUCUCUUUUCGACGAUUUCGACGACGCCGACGAUUUAUUUAGUAAAUUUAAAAACAACGGAAAAUCGUCUGAAGAUUCUGGAAAAUUUUCACCGCAAGAGAAUGAAUUGUUUGAAGGAAAUUCAAGUCGCGACUUAUUAGAUGGAGAAGUCAAAGACAAAGUUACCGUUAAAAUAAAAUGUGAUGUCGAUGAGGAUUUGUUCUCUGAUAAUAAAAUAUUUGCAGAGUCUCCAGAACGCGUUCCAGAAAAUUCUUCUUCCUCCAGCAACAAAGUAAUAGAUUCUAAAGUUAGUUUAACCACAUCUUCGAGUCUGCUACCGGAAAACGGAAAUCGCGUCGAUGAAGACAAAUCAGAAUUAUUUAUAAAGUCAUCAUCAUCAUCUCAUACCAUCAUGGACGAAUCUAAUUUGUUUUCGAAAUCUCCAAUGGACGAUGUCGUCAAAUCUUCCCACGAAGAUAAAAAUCUUCCCACGUCUCCGAGAAUACCGAAAAGCACGAGCGUGGGAAAAUUAAACAUUCCGAAAAAUUUGAAAAGCAAAUUGGAAACGGUCGUUAAAAUGACAUCGUCCGAGAGUAGCAUAGAAGGAAAUUUAAUAAAGAAAAAAAGAGAAGAAGGUGGAGAGGGGGGAGAGGGAGGGGAGUCACUGGAACCACGUUCAAAUCUUUUAAAAUGUCCGAGUAGGGAUAGAGUGAAAAUACCCGUUCGAAGGAGGCCUCAAUCUCGUCAUGCUAGACACGAAGCCAUUCGUAAAUCCGGACUCGAUUAUUUUUUUAACGAAACAAACGAAACAAACGACAAACAAAUUUCCCGUGUGGAAAAAAAAUCAUCGUCCGUCACGGAAAUCGGAAAUAAAAUGUCGUCGAAAAUGGAAAAAAAAAUUUCCGAGCCAUUGUUUUCCUCGCGAAUCGCGAAUUUUCCACUGUCGCCAUCGACGGACGAAGAAGAUUUUUUCAACGUGCCCAACGACGAACUCGAUAAAAACGUUGAAAAAGAUCAUGAUGAUGAUGAUGAAGAAUUGUUUAAAAAUAAUUUGUUCAAACCGGAAACGUGUAGGAAAAUCGACGAUGGUAUAUUAUUUAAUAAAACUUCCGGUAGUGCGAUGGGAAAAUUUGAAGAAGGGAAAAAUGACGCAAUUUGGAAAGAAGAAGAAGAAGAAAAAGAAAAAGUCGAAGAUUUAUUUUUUAAAUCCGAAUCGAAGGAAAAUGAUAAGAAAAAAAAAAUUAAAAUUUUUGAUUUUGAUGAUGAUGAUGAGGACGGAAACGGAAACGGAAACGGAAACGACAGCGAUGGGAAAGAACAAAAUUUAUUAUUUAAAAGCAAUUCGAAUAAAUUUAAAGGAAAAGAUGAUUUAUUUAAAAAAAAAUCAUUGUUCGAUAUAGAAUCGGAUGAUGAUGAUAAUGAUGAUGAUGAUGAUGAUGAUGGUGAUCUUUUCGGUAGUAGGAAAUCUAAAGAUAAAAAAAUUCCAGUAGUUUGUUCGAAAAUAACAACUGGAAAAAUGAUUCCGGAAAAUGAUGAUGAUGAUGAUAAAAAAAAAAAAAAAGAUGGCGGUAAAUCGUUUGUGGAUCCGUUAGGUCUCAUGUCGAAUAGCGCGAAUGAUUGA